UAAGCGUUCUCUUGCUUCUGUGCUUCUGAAAGUCCGUCUGCUAGCCGCUAAAAUCAAAACUGCUGUACUGUAGCUAACUCUCUCAGAUACAUGCAUUUUGUUUCCUAGACAUGGCAUUUCAGAGUGAAUCGGAUUUACCACCCGGCCUGGCUUGUUUGAAAAAUAUUGAGAACCUGCUUCGGUGUCCUAUCUGCUUCGACUUCCUCAACAUUUCAAUGAUAACUAAAUGCUCGCACAAUUUUUGCUCCUUGUGCAUUAGAAAGUUUCUUUCCUAUAAGCUGCAAUGUCCAGUUUGCAAUACACAAAUGACUGAACCAGACCUAAGAAACAACCGUUUACUGGAUGACUUGGUCGUGAACUUUCAAGCUGCAAGGCAGCAGUUGUCAAAAGUGAGUUUUGAGUCUCCUCCAAUAUCACCAAAGACCCCGUCUUCAGCAGUCAAAUGCAAAACUCCCAAAGAGAGGGGCCAGAAGUGUAAAACCUCCGUUUUGAGUCACUUUUUCCAAAAGAAGCCUAAAACCCCUCCCAGUAAAGAAACCCAGCGAGAUGCAUCUGUCACUCAGUUGGGCAAAAUAAAAACUGCACAAACUCACAAUGCAAAUGAUUCUGACCUACAUUCAGGAAAAGCUCAACUUUCAGUGAUUGUAAAGCAAGAACCGAUGGAUGUGAUGGACGUAUCUACCCAAGGGUCGAUGUCAGUCAAACAGGAGGACACAACCUCGCACAGCGUUAGCAGUGGAGUGGAGGUGGCACAUUCCUCGUCACCAUCAAAAGACGCAAAACCCGUAAUCAAAGUGGAGUGCCCUGUGUGUUCUGUAAGUGUCUCACCACAGUUUAUCAACCAGCAUCUUGACACAUGUCUUACCAAAGGAGAGAAGAAGGAAAGUCUGAGGAGCUCCCUUGGCAAGGCGAGACGUCCAAUGGGGAAGCUGGUGUACAACCUACUUUCAGUGCAUGAGCUGAAGAGGAGACUGAAGGAAUGCCAUCUGUCAGUGCAGGGGUCUCGAGACCAGCUGAUCAAAAGACAUCAAGAUUUUGUCCACUUAUACAAUGCCCAGUGUGAUGCCCUAAACCCCAAAUCAGCUGAAGAUAUUGCCAAAGAGGUGGAGCUUAAUGAGAAGAUAAGAAAUCAGCUGCAGGGAAAAGCCAAACCUGUCAUGGUUUUCUCAAAGAAUCAGUCUGAGAAGGAGAUUGAUGAGAUGCAUUCAAAUUAUAGGAAACAGCAUAGCAGUGACUUUUCCCGCCUAGUUGCCCAGGUCCGGGACCGCCUGGACACCAGCAGACAGACUCGUGUUAAACAGGAAGUCACUGUGGAGAAAGAGGAUGCACAAAAAACACAACCUGAAGAUCAAGUUGUGGAAUCAAAUGGACAAACUGAUGAGGAGCAAUCUGCAAGAGUAAUUGAGUUGUCAUCCAGCCCAAGCUAUAGUGAUGUGUCAAUAAGCAGUUCUAUUUCUGACAUCUUUGGUCCAGAAGCCAUAGGAAACCUUGAAGACGCAGAGAGGACCUCAGCAGCACAAAAACGAACAUCCAGCUCCAGAGGAAGUGAUGCAGCUUCAUCGCCUGUUAGGGGAAAGCGACGACGUAAAACGUAACAAGAGGGGAGGAAAAGGAGGGAGAGAGAAAACGCUCUUAUCUUCAAGACCAUUAAACUUUUGACUGACUUUGAAGCCAAUGCACAUUCUCUCUGAGCACUUCUUCGUGAUUUUUCUGUGAUUUGCUCUCUUAAAUACCAUUUAGGGUGUUUUAUGUUUAGUUUCUAUGCUUUAGAAUUAGGAUUUUUGUCUAACGUCAAACGAUUUUUCUACAUGUAGCUGGUAAUAAAAUUGCUGCCUGUAAUCGUAA